GCGUUUGGUUGUCGUGUUGGUCUUGAAGGAUUUUCGUUAUUUUAAAGAAAAACAACAGCAGUAGUUGACGAGUAAAGUGGCGAAGACAGGUUACAAGAAUGGAUUCGCUUAACAUCAAAAUGGAGGUACCGGAUUUGCCACUUCCGGAUCACAUUUCGCAGCUCGGCGAGGACGGAUUGGGUAUAAUUACGAAUUCAGAGUUUUUGGCGAAUGGGAAUGGUUUGUUUCUUGGUGAUGCGAAUGAUGGCGAUGAGGAGGACGAUACAAUCGUGGUGCAUAUGGACUUGCGGGAAAAUUUGUCAACGUUGAGGGGGUUGGUAGAGCAGAGAAUUGGGGUUUCGCUGAAACACUAUGAAUUUUGGCUGCAGGACACUCAGAUGUUGGAAUCACAUAAAAAUCUGGUUGAUCAGUGUGUUCAAGGAGAAGGCUUGGUGCAGAUAAAUGUCCAGGUGCAGACAGCGAAGCGCCGUAUUAAUAUUGCUGAUGUUUUAAAACCUACGGAUGAGGUGCUGGAAAGCUAUCAGCAGGAACUGGAAUUGGCAGCAGCGCAAGCGGCUGCAGCAGCCCAAGUAGCUGCAGCAGCUGCGGCAGUAGCAUCAAUGAACAACGUAGAAUCCAACUCUUUGGCUAAUCAAAGCCCUCCGGUAACGCCUUCCUCUCCUCCAGCAGCUGCGCCAAAUAAUAGUAGCACUUCCUCCGCAAAACAGUUACAAUUAUCCUCGAAGGAAGAACAAGAGACAGCUUCGGCUGUAGCUGCAAUCAUUAAUUCCGCUAAUGCAGAAGCGAAUGCGGAGAAAGUUGCUACGCAAGUCGCAAACAGUAAUACGUUGACAGUGAAGAGUUCUCCGAAAGUGGUGCCGGAUUCGCCUACGAUAAUCGACGACGACGAUGAUGAUGACGAGAUGGGAGAAGGAGGUCAAUCAGCUCUUCGCUGGGUUUGUGAUACGAAUUUCAAACGUGAUCAGCAACGUCUCAAUAUUCCGGAUGAUCCGAUCGAGUGGACGGUGGCACAGGUCAAACAUUGGAUUCAGUGGGCUGUACGUACUUUUCAAUUGAGUAACAUUAAAUUGCCUGAUUGGACCAUAAGUGGAAAAGAGUUGUGCGAAAUGGAUCAUGCUGAGUUUAAACAGAAGGUUCCAAAUGACCCUGGGGAUUUGUUUUGGACUCACAUGGAGUUGCUACGAAAGUGCAAAUUUGUGGCGGUUGUGCAAAAGAACGGUGAUGGAGAAGAGUAUGACGAGAUGGCUAUUUUGCGUAAGGUUCCUAGAAACAGCAUGGGAAAUGAAACCAGCUAUUGUGGUAAUCGCAGUGGAAAUAACGGUCAGAUUCAAUUGUGGCAAUUUUUGUUAGAAAUUCUAACUGACAAGGAGCACCGUGGAAUAAUUCAGUGGAUGGGUACCGAUGGUGAAUUCAAGCUUUGCAAUCCAGAACUAGUGGCACAAUUAUGGGGCGAGCGUAAGAAUAAGCCAACCAUGAAUUACGAAAAGCUAUCUCGGGCUCUGAGAUACUACUAUGAUGGAGAUAUGAUAUCCAAAGUACAUGGCAAGCGGUUUGUGUACAAAUUUGUAUGCGAUCUCCGGGAACUGAUUGGUUACGAUGCUUCUGAGUUGGCUGCUUUGGUCAAUGAAGGCGUACCUAUCGCCAACGAUCAGUUUGAUUUAAAGAGUUUUGAUCUAGACUUCGAUUGAGUUUUUAGCUUUAGGUAUCAUAAUUGGUUAACACAAAAGUUUCUGGAAAUGUUAAAUUAACUAAGUUGCAAAUUAUUGACAUAUUAUAU